CCUGUCCAGAAGCCAAGUGACGAUGUUUUCCAGUUCUACUUUCACUUUCCUAAGUCAGGAAUUGGUACCUAAGUCGGUAAAUUUUGGUUACUUAACGCAAACCAGAAAGGGGUUCCUGGAUCAUUAACCAAAGGCGGCCUCAGUUUCAAGCCUCCUUGUUGAAUGCAGCAGAUUUCAAUGGAUUUAACAAGUCUCCCGCUAUCUUUAAAAGAUAAUGGCUUUAAUUUAAUAACCCGUGACUCUCGUGACGCAGAAAAAUAUGAGAUGGAAAGACUUAAAGAAGAACUGAAGAAAUGGAAGGAAAGAGUUGAAAAAGCUGAAAAAGCAAAAGCUGACCUUCUUCUCUGUAAAUCUAGUGCUGAUGAAGAGUAUGUUAAAGCAGAGGAGGAGCUGGUGAAGCUGAAGGACUUGCAAGAGAAACAGUAUAAGAACCUUAUUAAGUUUAGGGACACCCAUGAGAGAGAAUUCUACAUACUAAACCAAGAAAACGCUGACCUGAAGAGAGAGAUUGAAAAGAUCAGAGAAGAGCUUGCAGAAGGUAGUUCAGUGCUUUUGCAGGAUGGUCAGAUUAAAAAAAAGGUAGCAGAAGUGAAAAUGAAGUUCACUCACAUGGAAGACCUGGAGGAUGAUUAUGCAGAUGUGAAUACUCACUGUGUUUUGGGUGCAACUACAAAAAUCCCAUUCAGACUGAAUCAAAACCAGGCACUGCUUACUUUUGAAGAUGAAGAAGUUGCCCAGAGACUGGUAAAAAUGGGUAAGCAUUCUGUGAACCUGGACAACAAAAUAGCAGAUGUGAGAGUGAAGCCUUUUACGCUUGAAAUGGGAAUCAAAUUUGAGCUCCGUGUCACUAUUUCUGGAAAGAAGAUCAACGUUUCAGACAUACCUGAGCUAUCCAUUCCUGAAGACUGGAUGAGAGACAAAUUAGAGCUGAAUUUCUACAAAUCUGAACAGCGAGGAGGAGGAGGAGAAGUAGAAAAUGUGAACUAUGACAAUCAGUCUAGAACAGCUGUUAUUACGUUCCUCAGGCCUGGAGCAGCUAAUGGCUUUGUGAGAUGUGCUCAAUAUCCUUUUGUUGUGAAUGGAAGGUCCUAUAGGGUUUCUGUGUCCCCGCACACUGACGUACACUUGGAAAAGUUUCAGCUCUAUUGCGGGGUUUCUAAGAAGACCAUUCUGUUGAAAGGAAUUCAAGAGACGGACGAAGAUGAGGAAAGUGUACAGGACAUGAUUGAAAUUCAUUUUCAAAAGCCUAGUAAUAGUGGUGGGGAAAUAGAGAAAAUCAAAUAUGUAUCAAAAGGAGUAACAUGGGUUUGUUUUGAGGAGGAUAUUUAGAAUGCCAUAUAGGAAAUCGUAGAUUGAACUCAUGAAGUUCUGAGCUUCUGUUUCAUCAGAGGAAGUUAUGCAGACAUUGUGCUUUAAUGUUCUGAAAUCUACACUUGAAAAAGAGGAACUACCUGUCUUUCUGAUUUCUGUAACAACACAGACUUUGCAUAGAAACUCAGUAAAACUCACUGCUUGGCAUUCCAGAGGUUCCUGAUCAAAGUCACAGAAAAAGCCUUUACCAGCACUUGAAAGUUAAUCUCAUAUUGCUCUCUGCAAAUUUGCAGAUUUUGUAUCUUGCCAAUUUUAGAUAGGUCACAUACUCCAAACUGGGAUAAAUCUAUCCGUUCGUACAUUUUUGUUACAAAAGCCAUAUGUAAUCCCAAUCAAAAGUGUCUUCACAGACCUGCUUUUGUAAAGUGCCGUAGCUUCAGAAGAUAGCUCUGACAGAACUCCAGGCCUGCUGAGGUUGCUGUGUGCCACCAUAAUGCAAAUACCUAAAAGCAAUUAUCCUGUAAUUUAAUAAAAUCUGUAUCAUCAAAUCAGUGAUAACAUUAAAAUAGGAAAAGGGAAAGGGAGAGUGCAAAACACCGCAGAUUUACUCAAGAAAUUGCACAUUAUAAGAAAUGCCAUAGCACUAAUACUGCUUUUAGCUGUCCAAAGACUGUUACUUCUAGGAUCUGCUGCAAAUUCCACUGAGCUUCUGAUCAGUUAAUAGCCUGGUUUAUUGUUUGGCUUUAAUAUUUCCUUCUACAAUUACAUUUUUCCUCAUUUUUGUUCAUGAUUUUACUUACUUUAAAAUAUUAUAGAUGACUAGAUCUUUGAGGUCCCUUCCAACCCAAACCAUUCUAUGAUUCUAUGACUACAGGUAAGAAUUGAGAUGAUUCUUUAUGUAGGACAGAUUGCUUUGUAACAAUGCUGGGGAAACAGUCCGACAGUACACGCUGUGUCUGAGGUAUCUGUGUUGUGUGUGAGUGGCCAGGCUGCUGGCUCUGGGAGGGUGUGCAAAGGGGGGUCACUUGGAAAAAAGGCAACUAAGAGCUUAGGGCAAAUUAAUUUUUCUGCGUGUAAAGUCCCCCUUUUGUAUCCAGUUCAUCCUUCCAGUUCUCAUUCUAAAAGAUCUUUGAAAUAAAAUGGAAGUGCAAAGUCAGAGAAGGAUUUAUUUUCCAAGGAGGAAUGUUUUUCCUUUUAUGCUGUGGUCCUUUUUAUUUGCUGCCCUUGGGGGCUGAAAUGGUUUGGCAACAGUAAUCUGAACUUCAAAGUCGCUUGGGUCUAACAUUGAAAAUAACGUGUUUUCAUAGUAUUUGACAUCUUAGUAUGCAGAAAAAGGACAAUGCACCAAACUAGUGCAAGAGGAGCACUAGAGAUACAUCUCAGGUAUUAUUAUUCUAGAGAAACCGUUAAUAAGCAGUUGAAUAUAUGGUUGAAUAUGGGAAACUAAAAGGCUGUCAGCACCACAGUUGAUUUUGAAUUUACUGUUGAGUGAGAUAUGUGACUGUAGCACCUCUUACUGUUUAGUGCAUGCAAAGGCAUGGAUCCAUUACCUGACUAUUAUGAAAUAGUAAGGAAAAACAAAGUAGUAGUAUUGGAGUAUUUAUGGAGAUUGUGUACUUGUGCAUGUAAAAAAUGUCUUGAAAUGUUGAUAAGAUCAGAUACCUUAAAAAGAAA